AUGGCUGGCUGGCUGAGCCGUCUCUGCAAUGCAGCAGCCAUCCCACGGUGCGUCGCCGUCAUCAGCCAGCCCGGAAAGCAUGUGCUUCAUCACACACUUUUUUUCCCUCUUGCUCUGUCGUGUCUUCACCCUUCCAUUCUCCCGAACGUCGCUUGGCGUGGGGUCCAUCCACAUCCACUUCCGCUUCCACAACCAUGCACCGUCCCUCCAUCCAUGUGGAACCAGCAAGUCAUCACUCACCAACCAACAUGCUUAAAGUGCCAACGGAGUUGCUACGGCCCUCGUGCGAAGAUCAAAGGGCCGGCCAUUCAUCUGUGCCGAGCACGGACUGGCCUUUGUCAUCGGACGUUUUUGGAACCCCAGGCAACCUCCCAUGCUCGCCUCCCAAGGCCGCCGCCACCAGGGUGCUCGCUCGUACGAACCACAGGCAGCUCGGGCCAGGGCGGCCGGCCGCCUGCCUGCUCGCGUGCGGUGCCGUGCGGGUUGGAUUGGUGGUACGUAGUGCUGUCGGUCUGGCAGGGAGGAAGGCUAUGCAUGCAAUCAAUCCGUGCCGCCCCUCGUCUUACGACUUCUAUUACUGUACGGUACCGUAGAGGGCACAUUUGCCGAGCAGAGGGGCGCGCAAGAGAGACAAAGGUAGGAAGAGAAAGAGAAACAGGAAGAGAGACAAAGAGAGGGGGGAACCAGACGAUGCUACUUCGUGGUCCUUCCUUCCUGCGGCCGCGCCCACACGAACCUCGUACAGGCACAUAUUCGCUCCCGUCCUUUUGGCUUGCCUGGCCCGGCGCCAACGCUGCCGUGCAACCAUCCACACCACACACAGUCGCUGAUGGGCCGACAGUUUGUAUGAACUUGCUUGCUUGCUCGCUCGCUCGCAAGCAGGCAGGCAGCCAGCCAGCCAGUCAGGCAGUCAGGCAGUCAGGCAGCCAGGCAAUCAACCGACCAACCAUGCGUCAGUCCAAGUCUCGCAGGCCUCGGGACGACGCGGGAGCCCGCCAGGCCAUCGCCCAGCCCGGCCCAGCCCAGGGUGCUUGCAAUUCCCGCGACAUCCGCCGUCUCCGUUCCUGGCUCCAUGCUUCCCUCGUCCUAUUCCCGGGGCGGAGCGAACCCGACAUGAAAAUAAUAUUGGUUCAUGGAGUGAAGGCGUUCGGUAUUGGCAGACCGCUCCGCGGCACCGGACAGGGUCCUUGA